CAAACACACAUUUAUUCAUCAGAUUUGUGACUUUUAUCUUUUUAGGCAAUACUCCUAUAUUUGCCUAGCUCUCACCAGCAAGCAAAAGAUUCUCUGUGGUUUUUGCCAAUUUUUUAAGUCCUCAUUAUUCCUCCACCAACUAUGCUAAUUAUACCCUUGGCCUUAAAUUCUUUCUUUCUUGAAAAUUUUUAUAAGACUUUAUCACUUCACAUAUAAGUUUGAAACUUUACUUGUUUCUUGAUCAUCUUUUAUCUCCUCCAUCUUUAAUUUGUGAUUUCAAGGUUAUUGUAUAGAGGAGAUGGUGAGAGGAAAAACUCAGAUGAGGCGAAUCGAAAACGCGACAAGAAGGCAAGUCACUUUCUCUAAGAGGAGAAAUGGGCUGUUAAAGAAAGCCUUUGAGCUUUCAGUUCUUUGUGAUGCUGAAGUUGGAUUGAUUAUUUUCUCUCCUAGAGGCAAGCUCUAUGAAUUUGCUAGCUCAAGCAUGCAGGAGAUUAUGGAGCGUUACCGGAAGCAUAAUGAAGAUGUUCAGGGAGAAAAACAACCUGUGGAACAUAAUAAUAUGCAGAAUUUGAAGCAUGAAACAACAACCUUGAUGAAGAAGAUCGAGCUUCUUGAAACAUCUAAAAGGAAGCUCUUGGGAGAAGGUUUAGGAUCCUGCAGUUUUACAGAACUACAACAGAUAGAGCAUCAGUUGGAACAGAGUCUCAACGUUAUCCGUGCAAGAAAGAUGGAAGUCUUUAGGGAACAGAUUGGGAGAUUGAAAGAAAACGUGAAAGACCUUUCAUCUGAAAAUGCAAUGUUGGAGAAGUUUGAUGAUCUUGAACAGCCAAAAGCAUCAAGUGCGGAAGAUCAGGGAGAAGACCUUUCAAUAGAAGGUAGUGAAAAAUCGGAUGUAGAGACUGAAUUAUUUAUUGGACUACCAGAAUGCAGAACGAAGCGCGCCCUACAGAAUUGAUAAGUGAAUUGUCCCUCUUAUGCAGUUAUACAUACAUAACGUCCGGGUUAAAAUACACUGAUAGUAUAAAAAAUUCUUUAUAUUGUCAGUGAAUAUCAAUUAAAUACAUAUGUAACAAUAAGUUGAGAAUUAAAUAGUCCUCCAUCUAACUCAGGAGUGCUUGUUCUCUUGGUGCGCCGCUGAUGGUACUUCAAUUACUCCUAAUAUAUUCUGUUUUUUACUUGGAUAUAUACUACAGUUCCCUAAAUACUCUACACAGCUCUUCAACA